AUGAACUUCUUCAAAACUGUCUUCUCCGACGAACCCGACUCGCCGUCGCAUGAUUCCGAUCAAAGCGACUCGCCACCGCAUGAUCCCGACCAAGCCGAAUCAGAUCACGAUGUAUCAACCGAAAGCACCGCCUGGAGCUUCGGCGGCUUGAUCCAAACCCUAGCAUCCAAAUCCGAAUCCGUCAUCGCGAAUUACCGGCACGAUCUUGAAGAAUUCGGCUCGGGAUUAAGGAUUGAAACAUCGGUGAUCCGAGAAGCCGCCUCACGCGCUGUUAAAGACCUCCCGGCUUCCCUAGAUGUUGGAGCCUCGGUGGCUCAGGAAUCGCUCGAGACCGUUGGCCAAGCUAUCGACGACAUCGGCAGCAGCGUUUGGAAAUCGACGGCGCAGAUUAUCUCGCACGGUAGGGAUUCUCUCUUAUCCCCUGAUUCUGAUUCUGAAUCAAGCAAUAACGGUAACAAGAGAAUAUUGAGGAGUAGCAGUAGUAGUCAAGGUUUGGAUUUGAAAUAUAGUAGAUUUGAUGUAUUAGUGCGUGGUCUUCAGGGUGAUAUCAAUACAUAUUUGGAGGAACCUGAAGAUUUGGAGAAUUUCAAUGAGUGGAAAUUAGGGUUUGAAUUGGAUAAUAAGGAAGAGGAGAUUGAGAAUUUGAUUAAAGAGAAUUCUGUUGUGGAUGAGAUUUAUGAGAAGGUUGUUCCUAGUAAGAUUGAUGAUGAGAGAUUUUGGAGCAGGUAUUUUUAUAAGCUGCAUAAGCUUAACCAAGCUGAGGAAGCCAGGGCUAAGUUUGUGAAGCGUGCUAUUUCUGGCGAUGAAGAGGAGGAUUUGAGCUGGGAUUUUGAUGAUGAUGAUGAUGAUGGGAAUGGACCCAAAGGUGGGGUUUCUGAAUUGAAGGAGGAUAAUUCUGCAAAGGUUGUCGCUACAGUUGGUGCUAAUGACGAGAAUGUUAAGGAUUUGAAGAUAGAAAAUGAUGAGAAGGGUGUUGUUGCUCCUGAAUCUAUAACUGAUGAAGGUGUUAAUGUUGAGACUGUUAAGGAUUUGAAGGUAGAAAAUGAUGAGAAGGGUGUUGUUGCUUUUGAAUCUAUGACUGAUGAAGGUGAUAAAUUAGAGGAGGUGAAUAAUAAUUACAAUGUGGCAUCUAAUGUUCCAGUAACUGUGGCUGUGGGUGAUCAAGAUGAAAAGUUGGAUGAGAAAAACGAGGCAUCAGAUGUGAAGACAGAUAAUGAUAACGGUGGUGAAUCAUGCAAAGAUAGUGACGUUUCGGUUGUUUCAAGCCCGCCUUCAUUGCCUGAGGAAGAAGACAUCAGCUGGGAAGAAAUUGAAGAUGUUGAAAGCAAUGAUGAUAAUAAAGACGAAGUUGGUGGGUCUGAAAGUAGGAUUGAAUUGCGGAAGAGGUUGAGCUCGACAACGGCUGAUCAAGAUGAGGAUCUAAGUUGGGAUAUUGAUGACGAUGAUGAUGAGGCUGUUAAGUCAUGA